AUGGAGCGAUAUGAGGAGGUGCUGCAGGCUCGUGGGAAGUCGUAUCACCUGUCCUGUUUUCGCUGUGUCAUCUGCAGACAGAGUUUGGAGGGUCUGCCCUUCAGUGUAGACACAGACAACAGAGUUUACUGUGUCAGCGACUACCACAAGGUCCAGGCUCCCCCAUGUGUCGUUUGCAGAUUGCCAAUACUGCCGACAGAGGGAUCUACAGAGUCCAUACGAGUGGUAUCACUGAACAGAAAUUACCACGUUGAAUGUUACGGCAGUGAACUGUUCCGCACAGUGGUGACCCCAUGCGGCAGUCAGUGGUACUGUGUCAUCGCGUCCCGGAAGAGCCCAGUGUAG